UCCGAUAUUGUGAACAUGGCCAUUUUGAAGCACCCAAACGGGGAAUUCAUACCACCUAAAACCAAUAAAGAAUUCAGAGUUCCGAUUCAAGUUUUUGUGCCAGUGUCCCAAACAACCACUGUGCCGGAAUUUCAAGAAACACUUGAGACAGAUUUUGAACCAACCCCUCUUCUACAAAUUGAAGGAACUACAAAAACCACUCCUGAACCCCCCAACAACUUGAAGAAAGCACACCCACGCUUCCCACAGCUCCAACUAAAAUUUAUCCAGCUGCAGAAGACGCUGCUGCCCUAUUGAUGAUGGCACGGACAACAUCGUAUGUUCCUAGAACAGAUCAGAUGCCAUCAUUCAGCUUUGGCCUCACUGAUUCAAGCCAAGAAGAAGCAUCAACGCAGGAGGGAGCGUCAAUGCAGGAGGCAGAAAGGGCAAAAUCUCCAGAAACUGCAAAUUUGCUAGAACAAUUAGAGAAUUUGGUAGAAGUGCCUUUUACCAAAUCAAAGGGCGACAAGUGCCAUUUUUCACAUAAUACAGUCCAUUUUACCAAAUCAAAGUCAUGCUCCUUUUUCGCUCGUCACUCCUGCAUGAAAGGGGAUGACUGCCCUUUUGAUCAUCAACUCUCUAAGUAUCCUUGUGUUAGCUCUGUGUCUGGAGGUGGUGAUGCAUGCUUGUUUUGCACCGGUACC